AUGGGGAAGGGAAGAGUCGGGGGCCUGGAUAGUGUGCGCGUUGAACGGUGGCUGAGGAUUGCAGAGGCGAUGUCUGGGAUACUGUGGUCCCGACGACCGAGCGAUGGGAGCGUUGCGAGCAUCGGGGGAUCGAGCCAUGGGCCACGGACGAGGACGACGUCUGGGGGCAAGGGGGUCAUAUCCAGUGUGUUUGUGGGGCUCAGCAAGGCCAAGUCGAAGGAGCGACUGCGCAACAACGGGACACCGCCCAUGCCUCCACGUUCCUCGAACCGACAGACCGUUGUUUCCACUGGGUCUGGCUUGAGCGAUCUCUGGCCCAACGAGCCCACUACUCCAUCCAGUGCCACCGACACCAAACGCAGUUUCCAUGCUGUUACCAUCGGAGGCGCCGGUCUGACUGUCGGUGAUGACCCGUUUGCGAGAGAACCACUCUGCCUUGCCAAAGACUCGCCCGCACCCAGUCUCUCGUCGUUUCCGAACCCACCGCUGCGACACCCGAGGACAGCCACCGGUUCCCCCUCGCUCCAUCCCGAUCCUGGCCCUAGUCGCCAUCUCCACCCGCCCUCACCCAACAGGAGCCGAUCUACCAGUGCAUCGAGCUCUCUCAAUCCCCCGAGUGUUGGCAAAUCUCCGCGCACACCUCCCCCCUUUAUAUCCAGCGUGUCUCCUGCCGACAUGCACGCACACGCAGUUGCUGCCGAGCACCCCUGGGGCCCAGACGACAUGGCCAUCUACGACUCGGGUCCAGACGUCGACAUUCGAUCCAGGCACUUUGAGCCAGACAGCCGACACGCACAUGAAGUCCACAGACCAGACGAUGUUCCGUCCAUUCGACGCGGUCAGAGUGCCCAUGCCGUCCUCGCUUCGGGUUCCAGCUCCAGAUCACCCCGUACGCCCAGGUUGCUUCACUCGGCCUCGUCUUCCCAUCUGUCCUCGUACUCACAAUCUCCCCCUACCAACACACUCUUGCCUCCGCCCCUCUUGUCUCCUACUUCCCACCACACUGGCCGUGCCGGGUCCAGUGCAACCUCGGAAAUGGGCUCCAUGACCGCCCUCGCCAGCGGCAUCGUCCAGCGACUCGAGGACGAGUCCACCGGGAGCGACAGGCGCAGAGGUCCCCCCAAGAGGCCCUCCAAGAGUCUACUCAGGGAACGUGCCUCGACCUCGUCACUCGCGAACCAUGUUCAGCCACCCAGGCGAAAAGAGUCACUCAAUGCGCUGCAAGGAAGCACCUCGCCUGCGUCGGUUGCACUCUCACUCGAGCCUGUCCCCAGGUCUCCCAGUUCGCUGCUCGAAUCGCUUCCCAGAUCACCCGAGUCGGCAAAUAGGUUACUCGAACCGCCUCUAUCACCCGAAAGGGCAAUCCGAUUACUGGAGCCAUCAGCAGCACGGUCACCCGAAUCAACAUCUCCUCCCCGUCCUCGCACGGCUUCGUCCCCUUCCCGACCCCAAACUCACACCUACUCUCAUACUCACGCCCACACCCGUUCGCGCCCACCCACAUCCCCGUCCCGCCACCGAACGUUUACAUCCCCCUCGUCCCCUCCUGCCCGAUACGGUGUUCCUCCUUCCCCAGGGGGAUUCUCGCCUCCCUCGAGUUUGUUCCCGCAUUCGCCCCCGGCCAGUCUUUUCCCCCACGGUUCUCCACCAACUCACUUUACCACUCAUCCAAACUCCCUCCACUCCCCGCCCUCGUCCCCUCCCGCCCGACUCACAUUCUCGUCCCCCGCCGAGCGACUAUCGGAAGACACCGAAGACCUCGACAACUACCACUUUACGAUCGCCCCGGCCAUCCAAGAGGCCGACGCCCAGAGUAUCGGCUUUUCCGAUUUCGGGUAUGCGUUGAAUGAGGAUGAGGAUGUGUGGAGCGAUGAUGGGAUGGCGUUUCAUCAUGCUGGACCCCUGUCGAAUCGCCGACCCCCGCCGUCGCCCACGAACCUCCCGUUUAUGGCUGGAAACGCAGGACGAAGGGCGAGGCAUGAUCUAGUCUAUCCCUCGGGCGUGCACACGAUCCCGAUGAGUGAUUUGGCAAAUUUGCGAGGGCUGGCUACGUUGGGUGAGGAUAUCCCAGUUGGGAAGGAGGAGGAUGCGGUCGUUGGGCGUUCGAAUGGGGAUGCGGUAGAGGGUGGAGUAGGCGGACACUCGAGUAUUGAUCUCGACACUUCGAGUAAAGAGUACACUCCCUCGACUCAAGACGAGACUCCUACCGGUUCGUCUCCGUCGCCCGUCAACGUACUAGAACGCAUCCCCUCGGCGUCGACAGGGACCAGCUCGUGCAGCUCGAUCGCACCUGAGGCUGUCCCUCCCCGAACAGUCAGCUCCCGCAUUGAGUUUUCGCGCCACGCACGCACCGAGUCGCACUCCGAUUCCGAGCUCGACCUUGAUUCCUUCCGUAUCAAGCCCAAGCCCAGGCCCACACGGCACCACCAACAACAACACGUCAAGUCGACCCAGACUGCGAUCGCAUGGCGCUGCGGAUCGGGGAACCACGAGAAAUGCUGCGCGACGCGCUCGUUGCAAGAGGGCCACAAUACCGGCCAGUUCAAGUGCUGUGCCGAGCGCACGCCGAGCGGUAAAGUCGCACGGUGCUGUGCCUCGUUCAACGGGAUGCCGUGCGAGCGUGCGCGGGUGUCGAGCACGAGCUCGGCGUCGGUGAGCGAUCUCAAGCGACAGCGGUCGUUGCAUUUCCCCGGUCUCCCUUCUUCUACCGGUGCCGCUAGCCACUGUACGCCGGCCAACUUGGGCGGAGGGAAAAGGUCGAGAGGGUUCUUUAGGCCGCAUACGUCGCAUGGGAAGAGUACUAGCUCUGCGCUCAUGGACGAUGAUCUCAAGGCGAUGAUCGUCCAGUGCAAACCGAGCCGCGAGGACCCGGGUCCGACGACCACGUCGUCCUCGUCGGAGGCGACAGUUACGGGGGCAGGGAUGGGAACGGGAACGGGAACGGGGACGACGUUGGAAGGAUCCGGGCCCGUGUCGAUCGCGAGUCCUCCAAUGUCGCCCGUCGCAAAGCAAGAGUUCCAGACCCGUCCGAUCAUCUCGCCUUCCAAGCUGAACGAUCAUCUGAAAGAGACGCUCGAGGCCGUUGCGCCAUCCUCGACUCCGGACCCUAUCAAGUCCCCCGUACUUGGCCCUGUCCGCGGGAGAAGCGAUACGACGACGACUGUCCGCAGUGCAACGACGACAGCGACAACAGCGACAACCGCCACAACGACGACGACGGGGACAGGAACAGGGACCGAUACGUCCGGUUCAGCCUCGGUCCGGUCGGUGCUCACCAACCAGUCGGACGACUCGCCCGCGCCGAUGAAGAAACUCUUCCCCCCGAGACCGAGGAGGAACCAGAACGUGUCGUUGCCGACGAUGACGACGAGCACUCAGGCGGUCCUACCUCCACGCCGCUAUGUGCAGAGCAUCACGCCGGUCAUCCAGCCUCCUGGCGCGACGCGUCCUGCUAUGCCCCCUCCCAGGUCGCCUAUUUCGGGCUUUGGGCUCUCGAGUUUGUCGAGUGGACAGCCGGCGUUUUCGGUUGGGGCUUUGGACGGUUUGUCGCCUGGAGUUAGCACUGGAGCCGGGACCGGGACUGGGACUGGUCUCCCACCCCCGCCGCGUACGGUACACGGACGAACCAACGCCCAGCCGAUUGUCUCGUUUAUAUCCUCCCGCUCCGCACCGACGCCUACUCUUCCUCCCAACGUAGGACUCCGCCACAGCUCGUCUCGCGAAUCGUACGAGUCGAGUCGGACCGUGAGGCGCGAGCGGUCGAUCCCGCUCCUUCGCGAAAUGAGCUUUUUGGAGUUUGAGGAAGGAGUGAGCGAAGAGGAUGAAGAGGAUCUUGUUGAAUCUCAACAGCAGGAACAGGAGCAACAACGAGCCGAGUGGACGCGUCCGACACUGCAUCAGACACAGAGCUUCCUCGAUCUGAGUAGUCGCCAGUCGGGCGAUACGAUGCGCGAGAACAUGGCCAUGUUUUCUUGA